AUGUCUGAUCAACCUAUUGCAUCUUUCUAUACAUUACCAUUGGAACUUAUUCAUUAUAUUUUCGGUUAUCUUGAUGCAAAAACAAUUGUUCGUACAUUUCGUAGUAUUUGCAAACGAUUCUACAUAGCUGUUAAAACAUAUGAUCAAUUUAAAUUAGAUUUUAAUUCGAUUUCAAAAUCAGACUUUCUUUUCCUUUGUAAUUUUAUUGAAUCCAAAAAUAUUGAGUCACUUACACUUUCUGAUAGAGAUGAAACACCAGGUCAAAUUGAAUAUUUUCUUUCGUUUAUUCGUAUCAAAUAUUUUAAUUGA